AUGGCUGUUGGCGGCUGUUUCUGCGGAAAUAUUCGGAUUGAAUACAGUGGCCAGCCUUUAACGACGGGAUUUUGCCACUGUUCAGAUUGUCGUAAACUGACCGGUGGCCUCUACACUUAUAAUUUUGUCGUGAAAUAUGCCGAUCUGAAAAUCACUGGAAGUCCUAAAGAAGUCGCAAAAACGGCGGACAGUGGAAACUAUAUAAAGAAUUAUUUCUGUUCAGAUUGUGGAACGCCGCUAUAUGGAGGGAAAGUGACAUCCACCGGAACUCCUCAUGACAUAGUCAUCCUCGGGGCUGGUAUACUAGACGACAUCAACGUUCUCAAUGAACACAAGCCCAAGGCGGAGAUAUACGUUGACGGACGCGUCAGUUGGCUCAGUCCAACUGAGGGAGCUGAUCAACUUGUUGGCAUGCCACCACUCCCGUAA